AUGGACCUGUACACCACUUCGUUCACGUUCCAACGUGCGUCGUCGGGCGUGCACAAGGCUUCGCCCCUGCGCACGACUCUGUCGCUCCCCAAGGGUGCCACCGCCACCCAGCCGCACAACCUUGGCCCCACGGACGCUGCCCAGGCUGAACGCGAGUGGGAGGCCGUCCAGAAGCUGUGCAACGACAUUACUUCUCGUGAAGGCUGCCUCGUCACUGUCUCGCGCGAGGCUCCUCCGGGCUCCUCUCCUUCACCCGCCGCUGGCGCCGGUACGGCGCCAGGUGGGCCGCCUGGCCUCGCGCCUGCUGACAUGGCGCCGAGCCACAACGACGACCCAACGGCCACGCCGCCGCCGCCUGCUGGUGCGAUGUGGAACUUUCACAUCUCAGGCGCGUACCAGGCCGUGAUGGGUGCUCGUGGUGCUCUUCUCCGUGAGACUCCCCGCGACAACCGCGCUUCGCUCAAGGUGUCCCGCAGCGACAUUCUCGAAAAGCCCCUUGCACCUGUCUCGCCCCUCAAGGCCGACGUCAAGCACCGCCUGGACGAGAUUGCGAGCGACACUCGCGCCCACAUCGCCGUCCUCAACACCGAGGUUGCUCCUGGUGCUUCUGGCGCGGCUGUCCUCGCGACUGCCGACCCGGAUGGUGGCGCCAAGGACUCGACCGACACCAACGGCGGCACCCCUGCUGAGGAUGCCGAGGCCAACAACGCCAACGGUGCCGCUGCUGCCCAGCAGGCGGCCUAUGGCCUCGAGACCGAACGCAUGUGCGAGCUGGUUAUCUCCGGGUCGGUCGAGAGUGUCGAGCUCGCCAAGGUCCGCCUCCUUGUCAUGCUUGACGAGCUCUCGGGUCUGCAUUCAGAGGUGUGCGACAUCGACUACAAGUUGCACGCCAUCAUCGCUGGCCGUAAGCGCACGGUCAUCCAGUCGAUCCAGGAGGAGACUGCCACCAACAUUUACUUCCCCACGCCACUUGUUGGCGUCCUGAACCCUCCCCAGCCCGGCGCUCAGCAGGGUGUUGGCUACAGCCGUGUCAACGUUGGCUACGGCCAAAUGUCGGGCAUGGGCUAUGCUGGCGGCAUUGGCAUGGGCAUGCCUGCUGUCCCUCCCCCUCCCCAGCACCCUGGUCACCGCUCUACCUCGCAGCCGGUGUACAACCCCAACCAGCACGUCCACUACCCUUACUCGCCCCAGCCGCUGCACAUCAACCCCCAGACCACCCGCGGCAUGCCGUACACUGGCCCCGGUGUCCAGCAGUGGUCGAUGCCCGGUGCCCCGCCCCACCAGGGCGGACCCCCUCACCACGCCCAGCACGCCGGUCCCCAUCACGGUGGACCUCCUGGUCCACACGGCCAGGCGCCGAUGCAGAUGACCCCGACCGGCAUGUCGGGCAUGUCGCAGAUGACCAACGGUCACGCCGGGCCUGGCUUUGGCGUCGGCGCGCGCGGUAUGGGCACUCCCAUGGCACACGGCCAGCCAAUGGGUCAGCCCAUGAUGGGCAUGUCUCCUAUGGGCUACGGCCAGAGCCACAUGCACGUCAGCAUGGGUACGGCGCCCAUGGGCGGUAUGCCCAUGGGCCCCGGUGACAUGGGCAUGGGCCAGUUUGGCCAGGGCCCCCACCCAGGGCUGUCUGUUCACUCUGGCGAGCAAGGAAUGCUCGGCAAGGCCAACCAGAUCUGGAUUACUGGAGAGUUCUUUGGCGUCCAGCGUGCCCGCGACAUGCUCCUGACCGUCGCGGUCCAGAAGAGCAAGUUGGUCAUUUCGCGUGACACGGCCGUCCUCCCGCGCAAGCUCGACUGGCUGCUUACCGAGCGCAUCGACGACAUUCGGAACAUCAUGUGCGACAACGGAACGUACAUCCAGGUGCCCAGCGUUGGAUCGCAGGCGAGCCUGAUCACUGUCUUUGGUGACCACCGCGUCAACAUUGAGCGCACAAUCCGCAGCGUCAUGGCCCUCGCGUGCCAGUUCUAUGUGGCCAGCUUCUGGCUCCUGCCAGUCUCGUUUGACGUUCUCAUGCCGCAGGCGACUCUCAACCCGCCGCAGAUGCAGCCUGUCCUCAAGCGCAUCGCUCACGCCACGGGCGCCGAGGUCGUGUUCAAGAGCAACUGCUUCGAGAUGCACGGUCUCGAGAAGGAGGUCCGCGACGCUGUCGUCAAGGUUCUCGAGCUGGACGUUAUCAAGUCGUUCCACCACGAGAUCCGCUUCCAGAUCGAGCUCGCCAACGAGCACCGCGAGUUCAUCUCGGGCAAGAAGAAUGGCAAGAUCAACAAGAUUAUGAAGGUCUGCGGCGUGCGUAUCAAGUUUGAGACGUUCAACGACUACAACUUCCUCAUGGACAUUUCAGGCCAGGACAUGGCCGCCCUCCAGGGCCUGACCAUGCUCCAAGAGGAGCUUCCGGCCGAGGUGUCAUUCCACGUCCCUGAGGGCUACCACAAGCGCAUCAUCGGUGUUGGCGGCAAGAACAUUCAGCGCAUCAUGAAGAUGUACGGUGUCUACGUCAAGUUUUCCAACGCCGAAGAGUUUGCCCAGCUCGGUGGAUACCUCGACAACGAGGAUAAUGUGGUCGCGCGCACCCCGGCCAAGAACGCUAUUGCGCUCGAGUCGCUCAAGACCGCUGUCAUGGAGCUCGUCAGCCCCAAGGACAAGGACUACACUAUCGACUCGGUCAACAUUCCCCGUCGCUACCACCGCACCCUCCUGGGCGAGAAGAGCAUCUUCAUCCACGAUAUUGAGCGCAAGACCAACUGUACCGUUCGUUUCCCAAACAAGGAGACUGCGUCGGACACGGUCACCAUCUUUGGUCCUGAGAGCCAGGUGCACAUUGCCAUUGCCAUGCUGCUCGACCACGUCCCCUUUGAGGCCGACUUGCAUGUCCCGCCCAACCCCGAGCUCACUCGCCUCGUCACCUCAACCGAGUUUGUCCUCUUCACCGAGCGCAUGAAGCGUGACCACCAGAUUGCCAUUUCGCCCUCGCCACGCUUUGGCCAAGGCGACGAGGCCAUCUUCAAGUUUAGGUGCCAGCGCAGCAGCAUUGACUUUUUGAGCACGGUGCACGACUCGCUCGUCGAGUUCCUUGGCGACCACAGCAUCCAGGUCUACCCUUCCAACGCCGCCAAGCGUACCGAUUCGUUUGCCGAUGCCUUUAGUCACUUUGACUCCAAGCUCCUGUCGACGGGCAAGGACGACACCCAGUCGGGCCGCGGCGGUCCCCAGCAGCGUCCUGCCACAAACGUCAAGGCGCUGUUUGACGGCGGCUCGGCGCCACCUCCCGUUCCUUCUGCGUACGAGCACGGUGGCGGUUUGGGCUUCAACGGCCCCCUUGGCUUCCAGGUGCCCGACUACUGGCAGCCCGCUGCUCCUGGUGCGCCCGGCGCUCCUUCUGCCCCGGCCACCUCUUCCGCUUCGGACCUCUCGAAGCGCGGUUCCGACUCGACACUCGAGGAGAAGGUCCGCUCUGCCUCUGGCAGCCACCACCAGGCCGCCUCCCACGGCCACACCCCGGGGCACGCACACGCUCUCAGCCACUCGCACGCUCACCCCGCGCGUGCUGUCGGUGCGCGUACCCAGAGUCUGGACAUCACCCAGCUCAACUUUGCCCGUGCCCUCGGUGGCCCGCAGGCUGGCUUUGCGCCUGUCCCCCCCUCGCCGACCAACAACUCGAGCCCAAACACGGCCACGGGAACGUACUUCCCCGGCUCGAGCAGCGGCCAGCAGGCGCGGUACGGCGCGAGCGUCGACGGCGUGACCCAGGGCCUGGCCAAUGUCCAGGUCUCGCACUCGUAA